AUGGCCGAUAUGCCGAAGGACCUGCUUGAGCAGGUCAAGGAGCUGGAGGAACUGUUCACUGUUGACCAAGCGCAUUUGAAAAAGAUCGUUGACCAUUUUAUCAUGGAAUUGGAAAAGGGCUUAAGCGUCGAGGGCGGAAACAUUCCCAUGAACGUUACUUGGGUUUUGGGUUUCCCCACUGGUCAUGAGCAGGGUACAUUUUUGGCCCUGGAUAUGGGCGGCACGAACCUUCGUGUUUGUGAAAUUUUCCUGUGUGAACGGAAAGGAGAGUUCGAUAUAACCCAAUCCAAAUACCGCAUUCCGGAAGAGCUGAAGAGUGGCUCUGCAAAUGAGCUUUGGGAAUACAUCGCUGAUUGUGUGAAACAAUUCAUUAACUAUCAUCAUGAAGGGGAGAAAUUGCCCGAUUUCCCUCUGGGCUUUACGUUUUCGUAUCCAGCAACUCAGGAUUAUAUUGACCAUGGUGUACUUCAGCGCUGGACGAAGGGGUUCGAUAUUGAUGGGAUCGAGGGAGAAGAUGUGGUGCCUAUGUUGGAAGCGGCACUUGUGAAGAGGGGCCUUCCAAUAAAAAUUGCCGCCUUAAUCAAUGACACAACCGGAACGCUAAUUGCCUCAGCCUACACUGACACAGACAUGAGGAUUGGCUGUAUUUUUGGAACUGGAGUUAACGCUGCGUAUAUGGAGAAUGCAGGUUCUAUUCCAAAAAUCGCCCACUAUAAUCUCCCCCCAGAAACACCAGUUGCUAUCAACUGCGAAUACGGUGCUUUUGAUAAUGAACGUGUAGUGCUUCCACUAACUCAAUACGAUAUGAUUAUUGACCGGGACUCACCACGUCCCGGCCAACAGGCAUUCGAGAAGAUGACUGCUGGCCUCUACCUCGGUGAAAUAUUUCGUCUGGUCCUUGUCGACCUUAUAGACAACAAAGGCAAUCUUAUAUUUGAAAAGCAAGACGCAAACAAUCUCCGAAAACCGUACUGCCUAGACUCUUCUUUCCUUGCCCAUAUCGAGGAAGAUCCAUUUGAGAAUCUAUCCGAAACCAAAGAUCUCCUCGAGCGAACUCUUGGGUUGAAAGCCACAAAGCCGGAACUCGAGCUUUGCCGUCGUCUUGCGGAGCUCAUCGGGACCCGCGCUGCACGUCUCUCUGCCUGUGGCGUGGCGGCAAUCUGCAAAAAGAAAAAUAUAAAAUCCUGUCAUGUUGGAGCUGAUGGUUCCGUCUUCAACAAAUAUCCUCACUUCAGGGCACGCGGUGCCCAGGCUCUUCGUGAGAUUCUUGACUGGGCGGAUCAUGAAGAAGAUAAAGUUAUUAUGAGCUCUGCUGAGGAUGGCUCAGGUGUUGGUGCUGCGCUAAUUGCUGCACUAACACUGGAAAGGGUAAAACAAGGGAACCUGGUGGGUAUCAGAAAGAAAGAAGUAAUGCAAAAAUUACUCUAA